AUGUUGGUUAGAUUUAGAUCGAAAGAUGGGAUGCAUAGAGUCUCCUGUGAAGAGAGCAACUUAUUUGGUGCAUUAUUAGAAAAUUUACUGACUCAAUUGAAAGAACCCAUUGAUGUAUCAUCGAUUAAAGUUAGUGACAAACCUGGUUUAAAUAAUGGGGAACCUGUGGGGAAUAUAAUCGAAAGAACAGUGCGUGAUCUGGGUCUACAUCAUGGUGAUAUUGUAUAUAUUACUUAUGAUAAGAACUCAACAGAUAUUAACGAGACAGCUGCUGCAGUGGCCACUACACAUAUCUCACAACAACAUGACUCUAAUUCCCAAAGUGUUAACAUUGACUCCUUAAAGACUAAUACUAAUAAUUCCUCAGAAUUACCAAUUGAUAUGGAAUUGGAGAAGGAAAAUGGAUCUAUUUCAAGAAAGAGAUCUCCACUUUGUAAACACGGUGAUAAAGGUAUGUGUGAAUAUUGUUCUCCUUUACCGCCAUGGGAUAAAAGUUAUCAUGAAGAACAUAAUAUUAAACAUAUUUCUUUCCAUUCUUAUUUGAAAAGGAUCAACGAAGCUACUAAUAAGAAAGAAAAUGGCAGCUCAUAUAUCGCACCUUUAUCAGAACCAAAUUUCAAGAUAGAUUUACAUUGUACUAAUGGUCAUGAAUCAUGGCCUAGAGGUAUUUGUUCUAAAUGUCAACCGUCGGCAAUCACUUUACAACAACAGGAGUUUAGAAUGGUAGAUCAUGUCGAAUUUCAAAAUAGUGCACUGAUUAACAAUUUUAUAGAAGCAUGGAGAUCUACAGGUAUGCAAAGGUUUGCUUACAUGUAUGGUACUUAUAAGAAAUAUGACUCAACCCCAUUAGGGAUCAAAGCAGUCGUAGAGGCUAUAUAUGAACCACCUCAGCAUGAUGAACAAGAUGGUCUUACCAUGGAUGGGGAACAAGUACUGAAGGAGAUGAAAGAGAUAGAUGAUUUGGCUUCAAAGAUGAGAUUAUUUAGAAUUGGUUUAAUGUUUACAGAUUUAACUGAUUCUGGCAAUGGUGACGGUUCUGUAUUUUGUAAAAGACAUAAGGAUUCAUUUUUCCUGUCAUCAUUCGAAGUGAUUAUGGCAGCCAAACACCAAUUGGAACAUCCAAAUAUAUGCAAAUUUAGUGAACAAAAUACUUUCUCUUCUAAAUUUGUUACUUGUGUGAUAUCUGGGAACCUCGAAGGUAAUAUUGAUAUCUCCAGUUAUCAAGUAUCAACCGAUGCAGAAGCAUUGAUUGAUGCUACAAUGAUUAGUGGUUCUACUCAUCCAUCAAUGGCAUACAUUAAUGAAACUACAAAUAAAAGGUACGUCCCAGAGAUAUUUUAUAUGAAAAAGAAUGAAUAUAAUUUAACGGUUAAAGAAAAUGCAAAACCUGCAUUCCCAAACGAUUAUCUGUUAGUGUCAUUAUCUCAUGGGUUUCCAACUACAGAGUCAACAGAAGAUACAAAACAAGAAUCUACCGAAGACAAAGAAGUUGGUGAAACUGCUACUAUUCCAUCAAAGCCCCCAAUGUUUAUCAGCAAAGGCGGAUUCCCAUGGGCUAAUAGACAAGCAAUGGGGCAAUCUCAGGAUUACCAGGAACUGAAGAAAUAUAUUUUCCAAUCUGCAACAAGUGAUAAUUUCAACGAAUUACAUGAAAAAAUCUCAAAUUUCCACUUUUUAAUCUAUAUCCACAGCCUUCAAAUUAUAAAUGAAGAACAGUGGAAACUCUUGGUUCAAGCUGCUACAACAACUGCGCCAGGUGAGGACUACGAAACACCUUUACUACAACUCAUCACCACUCCGGAAUGGCAAACGCUGAUCAUGAUCCUUCAGGAAAGUUCUUGA